GUUCUAUAGGGAUAAGACCACAACGAACGUUUCCAAGGACUUGCUUUCCUACUUCGUCAUGGAAAAACAAGAUGGAAGACGACGUUUUAGAUCAUGAAGGAUAGAAUGCCCAAGAAGAAAUCACGAAAAUGAAUUCGCAGUUUUCUCUGUAUACCUUUAUAUUAUUACUAGGACUAUUUACCGGUUACAGCUCAGAAGAUGAUACAUUGGGAGAAAAUUUAUUCCUUUCGAUAUUUGGUUUGGAUUCCAUGCCAGGAUGUAGACUGUGCAAUAAUGUGGAGCCAACGUCUACGUGCAAACUUUGCGACGAUUGGUUGAGAGAAUCACAUGAAAUCGAUCAGCAAUUGUCAGACACCCAAAUCUAUUUGCAUUCGAUAGAAGCAUACCUACAUAAAAUUUCAGACAAGCUUGCACCAAUAAGUGAAUGGACGCUACAGGAAGAAAGUUAUGGAUUCUAUCUCACUAUAUCUUUUGCAGUCUUUAUAUUGGUUUUUGUUAUUAGAAAAACUACCAAAAAUAUGUCAUCUAAAGGUAGACAACAUGUUCCUGAAAAACAUAAAAUCAGAAGGCACAUCGGGUCUAACUCAAUAACCGAAAAGUCAAUCAUCUCACAAAAACAACCAAGAGAUAUCGAUUGGAUGGAUAAACUGAGAAAGAUAAAGAAACCACAAAAACAUAUAAUUUCAAAACAAGGAAUGCUCGUAUUAAAGAAGAUGCAUCAUUCGUCGGGAGAUGGAUGUUUUAAUGUUUUAACCGAAGAGAACUGUAAACUUGUAUCAGUAAGAUCUGGCAUACCAUCCAAAUCCCUCCGCGUGUUUGACUUAAGAGCGCGUGGCGAUGUUCCAGACAAUGUGAUGAGUACCUUGCUUUGUGUUAGACCGCAAUGUACGGAACAUCCUCAUCAGAGUAUCCAGAAAUAUGGACCAAAGCUUGUGUGUGAUGCAGACGCAUUUGGUCUUGAGCACUUGGACGACAACUUUCAACGUUUGCAGCUGGGUAAAGAUGAUGAUGCGGACGUGGAAAACCUUUACCACGAUGUUGGCUAUAGUAACGCAGAAGCAGGCGAUAAUUUAAUGCAAGAUGACGAUAACCACUGCAAUGAAUUAGGGCUACCAUGUGCAAGUUCCAGUUUCAUCAGCAAUACAAGUUCAAUGAGUAUCCCAGGGGAACAAGAUGCUUCCAAUUUGUCAAACAACCAUUUUGAUCCAUUCAGUUCUUUAGAUGAAACAAGUUCACCAAACGUGUCUCAGCUCCAAAAAUAUCUGGAUACUAGCGUCACGUGGUUUGGAGGUUUAUACAGUUACAGUCGGGAAACAUCGUUUACAAGUUUUAGACGAGAUAAUCUCAAUGAAAGUGUUACACAGGGUCUUGACGAGUUAGAAAAAUCCCUUGACUUAAGUAAAAUGCAGAAGAGUCUUUCACUUUAUGGCUUUGAAACGGAUUCCAUGUUUCAGUUGGCAACUGUCUAUCUUGCAAAACAAAUUAUUGGAAAAGUGAAAGAAGCUUGGGUAGCAAUUAGGACGAAAACAGCAGUCAGUGAUACAGCAAAAAGUUCGGACUACAACAAUAAUCAACUUGGAAAGGAACUGGACAUCACUGGUUUUGCUGUGUACAACACUAAAUACAAUUAUGAAUAUCAAAAUUGGGAUUGUGAUAAUUAGAUUCUUUGUAUCAUGAUUAUCUUGCAUUCUGCAACUUACUAUCAAAAAUGUCAUAUGAUUUAUAGAUAGCUUAUAUAAUGUAUCAGCGUCUGGUUUGAGAUUAACACGACGUGCAAAUAAAAAAAUUGACACAUACGAACCGUUA